AUGGCCCAACCUCGAUUGAAUGGAAAAGUUGCUGUCCACAUCGAUGGCUGCUUGGUUCUGCUUUCCUUUGUAAAAAAGGAAAACUCAGUAGUAAGGAUCAAAGCUAAAAUAUCUGAUCAAUUAAAAAUAUUCCAGUCGGUGGCAUGCUUAGUUGUUUGGAUAAAACAUUACAGCAACAAAAUGAUGGAAGACAUGGAGGUGGCACGUGAAGUUAUAAUUCGCGAUGUCAAACCAAGUCGUGCAAGUCCAUCAACCUCUCCUCCUUUGGAAAAACAUACAGCUGAAGAAGUAUCAGCAGCUGUUAGUGCAGCUGUAUCGGCUGUAGCGAAUACUUCAUCAGCAGAGAAACCGUUUUAUGAAUGUACACUUUGUAACAAAAGAUUUGGCUACAAGAAUGGACUUAUACGUCAUGUCAGACUGACCCAUGUUGGAGAAAAGCCAUAUGUGUGCAAUAUUUGCAAUAGGAGGUUUGGCUACAAGCAUAUCUUAAUGGAGCAUCAGAAUUUACAUUUUGGCAAUAGGCCGUAUGCUUGCAACCUGUGUGACAAGAAGUUUGCAGCCAGGUCGAAUCUCAUCCAGCACCGUCUGGUCCACAAAAAACCAUUCCAUUGCAGCGUUUGUGGGAAAAGUGCAACUAAGAAAGACAUGCGGACAAAGAAUGGAGACACAAACACAUGUACAUCAUGCUCCAAGACACUCAAACUUGAUAUGAAGGAGGAGGAGGUGAUGAAACGCCACCUGUUCAAUGAGCCUCAACCUAUGUUGUGUUGUAACUUCUGCAAGUACAGUACACAGAAUGCUACAGACCUUAACAGACAUCUCAUAGAUCUACAUGCGCCACAGAUAUUAGAUACCCGUGACAAGCGCAGGGCAAGUGUGGAGCAGACGAUUAUAGCAGAAGAUAGCUGUACUCAGAUAGCCAGUCCUUCUGGGAUACCUCACGACAUAGUUGAUGGCUCUGGUGGCUCGCCAGUACCAGACCACAGCCUGCCUGAGAAUCUCUCUAUGUCCAUUGUAGCUAGCCCAACCACCACCACUAUGCUACCCCCUGUGGACAGUAUGACACAGCAUCAGAAGAGUGUCAUAAUAAAGAAAGAAAGAGCAGAGUCGAGGGAAAGUCAAGGGGAAGCUAAUUGUGAAAUCUCAACCACAAAUGGGCGAGGUAUUGAAGAUAGGGGCAGUGGCCGGAGUCCCAGGAGUCAUUCCAGUAGCAUUAGUCCAAUUAGUCCUCAACCAGGACCUGGCCAAGCCAGGCAAAUGUUGAGUCCCGAUCAGAAGAAUAUGCCACUGCCAUCUAUUGAUGAAGCUUUCCCGCGAAGACCACGUCACUACAGUCCCAUAUCUAUACCAGGUGUUCCCGGUGCACGGUUCAUGACCCCUCUUGAUAUCCAUACAGGAUUCCUGACCCCCAACUCUGACAGUGUCCCCCAUACAUCCGCCAUAACGAAUCUCCUCAGUCAGGGCCAAUCAUUAUUCGCAAGCCAUGCUACGCUUUUUAGUCCCACUACACAAGCCCAAAUGAGAGAAAUCUCAGUUCAGCACAACUCCCCAAUUCCUGGUUACCCAGAUCUUGAGGAAGUUAUCUCCUAUUAUGUUACACAGGGUCGGUUAUUCAGAUGUGUCCACUGCGAUAUUCUAUUCUACGAGCGAGGCAUGUAUUUCUUGCAUCUCUCUCUGCAUGGCACAACCAGCCCAUGGGAGUGUAGCAUAUGUCAUAAGGUGUGUUCAGACAAGAAUGAGUUUACGCUACAUUUUGUAAACCAACAACACACCUAAUUUUUCAGUAUAUUGACUGAUAUUAUUUUCUCUAUCAUUUGUUGUAAUUAAUAUAGAAACAUUCUAUCAGCUAGUAUGCUAGUGUAUUUACUAUUUAGAGGCCAAAGGAGUAUUGCAUCAGAUAGAUUAAGAAGUAUUUUUGUAUGUGUAUUUAGAGUUAUUGUCUAUACAGUGGAUCAAAGAUCAAAGAUACUUUAUUGUCAACUACUUGAGCUUAUUUCAGCAUCAUAUGUGUAGUUCAAAUUUUAUGAAGAAAAUAAAAUGUAAUAUUAUUUUUGUUAAAGACCCAAAGUGGGUAUAAAAGACAGAUGGAACAGCCCACAGCAACCAAAUGUGGCCUAUAUGGCAGUUUAAAUGUCCAGAUCAUACAAAAUGAGAAUUUUCCAAACUUUCUACUAUAGCAGGAUUGUAAUGGUGAGAUACACGCUCUUUUUUGUAACAGUGGUUCAUGAAUCUAUAAUUGAUAUUUUAUUUUCUAAUCAAAUUCCGAAAAUGUUGUUUUGUUUUUGUGAAAUAAGACAAUUCUCUUGUCUGUCUAAAGGUUAACAAACAUACCACCAGGCUAUAUCUCUUAUGUAGCAGACCAUGUGGUUCUUUAUAUGCUGGACAUUUAAACUGACCACAUAAUAUUUGCACUGAUUGGCUG